AUGAAUAUGGAUAUGGGAUCCCCCAGUUCGUCUAGCAUGCAUAUGUCUAUGGCCACUGCCACGAGCUCCAUGGACAUGACCGCCGCAUCUUCUACUAGCUCUAUGGAUAUGAACAUGUCCAUGGACAUGGAGAUGAACUACUAUCUCACCACUCAUUAUAAUCACUAUCCCGUGAUCUUUCACAACUUGCGUGCCAGCUCGGGAGCUGGAGCUUUUGGCAUUUUUUGUGUGCUCUUCUUCGGAGCCAUUUUCUUUAGAGGUUUAUUUUUCCUGAGCGCUUAUUUGGAACAGCGUGUGUUCCACAACCUUACAAACGCAGUUUUAAUUGAAGAAAUAGACAAUUGUGCUUGUGUCCCCGAAGAGGACCAGAAACAUCUGCCUAGUGGUGGAACCCUGAGCGUCAAAUCUCUCAGCUUGGGUAAGAUUAUCAGUCAGACGUUCUGCCCAGGACUGGGGGAAUUGAAGAGAGAUUUCAUCAGACUACUUAUCGCCUUCACUGCGACGAUGUUUGGAUACGCAUUGAUGCUUGCAGCAAUGAGUUUUGUACUGCUUUACUUCUUCGCGAUUUGUCUCGGAAUGGCUUUCGGAGAGAUUUUAUUCAACCGGUUGUCCAUUGUACUUGGAAUUAACAAAAAUAGCUCCUUGUGCGGAUCGCUCCACUAG